AUGAAGAGCGUGCGGCAGAAAACUCCGCGAGGCAAUGCAGGUCGGAAGAAGGCGGUCAAUGUAUAUGGCUCACGACGGAAUCGAAUCAACCGUGAGCCAUCACCUGCUAACAAUGGACCGGAUCAUGGCGAUGGGCAGUGCGGUGAAGGCGAUGACGGCGAUGACGUGGUUGAGGUGACGGAAAGGGCUGUUGGCUCAUAUCCAGUGUCACAUUCUUCCCCCCCGCUGAAGUCAAUGCCCGCACCAGCAAGGAGUGCAGGUCACUGUACGGGCAGCAUACAGACGCCGGUGAAGCAAGAGUCGCCCAAAGCGACUUGCCGUGGGUCUCCUCUGAGCUGCGCAGGCACGCCGCUGAGAGCACGGGCAGGCACUUCCGCACCUUCCGCUAUGUGUGCGACGGAGGACGGGCCCGAUCAGGCAACUGACGAGCCAGCAGAUGGCGCUGCUGGCGUCGAGUUGGGAGUGAUCUCCCAGCUCCUCAUCCGCGUGCUGAAUGGCGCUGCAGGGCCGGCCCUCAAGACUGGUGGAAACCCUGCAGCAGCAGCAGAGUUGCUGGUAGUCCUGCAGAAGCUUCAAACAUCACCGAUGGCAGGCAUUGCGACCACGGAGGCGAAGAGGGCGGCACCUGCACCGCCCGAUGAUGGGAAGGGCGCCGCACGCGGGAAACAGGCCGCCGACCGUGUGGGAGAGAAGGUCGCAGCUGGGGCGACCCAUACUGGCGUGGAUCAUCUCUAUCCGACACGCCGUUCAAUGCCACUCGCGGGGGUGUACACCAAGCUGGCAAUGAAGCUAUUGCUAUGCAUGUGUCGGGCGCGUGGAGUGACCUACUUCCCCAACUUCAGCAGUCGCUGUUACGCUUUGAAGACAGUUCCGAGGAAGGACUACGCCGUGUGCUACCAGGACGUCGUGGUGAUGAUGGAGGACAAAAACUACAGCUUGCGGGUCAACAAGGUGUGGGCGAAGUUUAGGACUGACUCGUCUGCGAUUGCGAGGCGCACGUUGAUCGAUGGCCUUGAGAUAAAAGUGGAUGCAACCGGUUACUUCAAAAUCGAGUUACCGGUGAAGGUGAAGGAGGAGGUGUACGACCGUUACGCGCCCUUGGAGAAAUUUGAGCAGGAUGUACCCAACUGGAGCCAUGAGCCAAAGGAUCGUCGCCCGUUCAUGAGUGAGAUCUUCUAUGAGGCAUGUGUGGCGGCGUAUCCGGAGUGGGAGCUGGAGGGGAUCAUGGUACUGGUGCCCUAUCACAUCGCAGGUCGUCAAGAAAUGGCUGGGGAUUAG